GAGGAGUUAGUUGAGGAUCAAGGUGUGCAAAGUUUUGUAAAAGAAAUAGUGCAAAAGUGACCAACUGAGAAGGGGUAACAUAUUGUUUUUAUUUUGAGCUCGUAUGUCAGAGUGCAAGCUAGUGAUGUGCAAAUGUGAUUUUAAAAAGUGGUCAAGAUCAUGAAGCUUAUGAGACAAAGCUUGGGAAAAUCUGGUUAUAUACUGUGAUCCAUUCAUGGUUUUGAAAUGAAUUGGUUUGAGGUCGCGGCAAUGCUGGAAAAUGCCCUGCCAGAUGACUUGAUGUGGGGAGGAGACUCUCAGGGCUCUGGCGGCGGCGGAGGGGGGGUCAAUGGCAUGAUGGACGGAGGGGCUGGUGGAGGAGGUGCGGGGCCGGGUGAGAGACCCCAGCAGUUGACACACCUCCUUCAAGCCAAGAACACCCCCCAGUCCAUGGCCGGUAACAACACCAUGACCGCUGGGCCGCAUAGCAUGGCCAACCAAAGCAAUAUGAUCGUCAAUGCAUUAGCUAAUUCCAAAAGUCCGCAUGGGGCAAUGCAGUCUCCCCAGAACACUAAUAUGAACAUGACUGGCGUUCCGACGUCAAGCCAACAACUAGGUAUGAACGAUAAUGUUAAUAAUUUGAACAGUAUGCCCAAUAGUAUAGCCAAUUCGAUGGCGGGCAGUGUGUCGGGAAGUAUGUCCAUGACUUUAGCCUCAAGUGGCUCUUCCAUGAACCUAGUGAAUACCAAUGCGACAAUGGGCAUGAACAGUAUGGCAAAUAGUGGUGGCAUGACGGCAGGCAUGAAUACAGUGACAAACAUUAAUAGUAUGAACACUAUGAACUCCAUGAACAAACCCCAAGGUGUUGUCAGUGGAAUGACCAUGAAUGCCCCGAUGGGAUCCCAGAUGAAUGACGGGAUGCCCAACGGGCCCCUGCCGGGCAUGAACAGGCCCAUGGUGCCCAGUCUCAGAGGGCCAUCCCCGCAGCCCAUUGGCGGGGGGCCACAGGGGAUGGGUCCGCGCCACCCCUCCAUGGGCCCGACUCACGUAGGACCCAGAUUGCAGGUUAGUGAGAUACCAACCCCCUGUUGUGUGUCAUUUAAUUUUAUGCUUUGCUCAAUUUUGCAGAUGUGAAUUAAAUGUGAAAAA